AUGGCGCAGCGCUGCAGCACUGGCGCAGCGGCCGAGAACGCGAGCACGGACCUGACCCAGGCCAUCGGCGACCUCAUGACUGAGCCGACUGAGCCGCCUGCCGAGGCGGACACUGAGAUGCCCUCUCCAGCUCCUCCACGUCACGCCCCUGCGUGGCAGGACGCGCUCCUCCAGGAGUUGAUCGAGGAUGGCGUGUUGCAGCACGUCGGUCUCGUCCAGGCCAGCGCCUUGACUCUGCAGGGUGAGCUCCGCGCCAUCCCCUUCACGCCCCCCGCCUCCUGGGACGACUUGCAGCGUUUCCUCGCCAAGCUCGCUUUCGACCACACCACGACGAACCCUUGGCGGGCAUUGGGCUUCGGACCCCUGGACGGCCCGGAACCCACCGAGCACAGCAUCGUCUCCCGCGUCAAAUUGGCCUUGAUGCUCUGCUCUCCGGACUCUUUGACCGAGUGGGGGCAGGUGGACCGCGACGCGGCGGGGUUGGCCUCGCAUGCUUUUGCGACGGCAGGCGCGCGCUGUGAGGAGCAGUUGCCCGACAUCUUGAAGGAACGCCGGCGCCUCCGCCCCCCCAAGCUGCCCCUAAUGGAAGGAGAAGCCUCGAUUGCUACGCAGUGGUCCCAAGUAUCGGCCCCUGCGAGCCAGGAUCACAGCGCGACGAUGACCGUGCACCGGAAGCUGGCCGACCUCCUGGAGAAGGGCGACCCUAAGGCUAUCAACGCCAUGGGGAACCAGAGGAUCGUCGUCUGGGCGCCCAGCGACCAGAGCUCACUGCAGCGUAUCUUGAGUGCCCUACUUCGUGAACCUGGCCCUCUGCGUCGCCCCCUCAGCCUCACGUUUCUCGCACGCCUACCUUCAUUUCCUGGGGUGGACUGCCCAACUAAGCUCUUUGACCUCUGGUGGCACCCUUUGCUGAGCGAGAAGCACGCGCCCUUGGUCAAGCAGGUGGACCUGGUGCUCCAGCCAGUGGAGUAA